CUUUAUAUACACAUGCUACUUGUUGAUGAACAACAUAGGAUUAGGAGGUUAGAACACAAUUAUAAGAGAGAAUGAAUUGUUCUGGAAAUAAUAUAGUGAACAAGAGGGUGCAACAUAAGAUUGAACAAAAACAAACUCGCUCAUCAAUCUCACUUGGUUCAACUUGCUGGAAAUUAUGUCAAAGGAAGUUGUAUACGAGAACAUACAUAUAAGCUCUAUCAUGUAUUUGAUAGUGUCAACUAGUACAGAAAACCUAUCUAUCUAGCUACACAAUCAAAAUAUGUUAGAUAGAUAAGUUUUAUGUAGUAGUUGACAUUAUCAAAUACAUGAAAGAACUUGAGAACGUUUAGAAGUUUUAGAAGAACAAAACAAAAUCAGAGUCACGCUGGGGUCGUUCUGACCAAACCAGACCUCUGUAGCGAUGACGAUUUCUCGUCAUUUGAUGAGAACAUUUGAUGAGACCUCUGCAGCGAUAACUAUUUCAUGUGGAAGCAAGAGUGUUAGGGAAAGCUAUGUUGAUUUGGAUCCAAUGACAUAAGUACAAGGGUUCUAGUUAAAAUUAUGGUCAAGAUUCAAAAAUUUAAACUAUUUAUUUUCAAAAACAAUGUCUUAUCUUUUGGAGAUUGAAUCCUCGACAUUACCAUCAUUAUUACUCAGGUAUAUGUUUUUUAUUUUUGGUCAUGUAGAUUAGUGGGGUGUCCGGGUUCGAACUCAGGUAGGGACUAUUACUAUUAUUAUACUGACAAAUCGUUCUGAACAAACAAAAAUGAGAUAUACUACCACAUGGAAAAAAAUUUACUCUCUAGUACAUGGGAACAAAAACAACAAAGUAUAGCGAAGAAGUAUAAAAAAUACAAUCAACCAAUGCCCAAACAAGGGUAAUACUCAAAAGCAUUUAUGUCAUGAAUAAUACAUAUUCAAUUGCAAAUGGGUGACAAAAGCAAAUCUUCACAAAUAAUGAAUGAUCUUGUCGAUCGUAAAUACCGUAAACAACUUAUGCAUCGAAAAUGAAAACAAUAUUUAAGAGUCAUCUACGGUAUUUACGAGUUCAAGCGCAGUGGUACUUGUCAUCAAUGAUAUAUAAAAAAUGAUUUUCUCUUUUUUCAUAUGGUUCAUGCGCAGUGGUACUUUUAAUUUUAUGCACAUGCAGUAGCACUAGUGGUUGUAAGCCAAUGUUAAACCUGAAUCAUUGAAAAAGAUUCUUAAUUUAAACUCUAAAGGACAAACCUCUGAUCCGUCGUUUUCGUGUACCAAGCUAUGCAAUUUUACUUAGAAGUAACAUUUAUGGUGCUUUACAUUAUUUUUUGAAGGAAUGGUGCUUUUAAUUUCUCAACUGGUCAUUUGGUGAAAACCAAUAUUUUUUCAGCUGUUUACUGUACGUUAUAUUGAUGAUGCCAGCCCUAAUGUGGGUGACAUACUAGUGUAUGCAGUAUUUUUUUAGCUACCAAGUUGCAUAUUUUUUUACCCAAUGCAAACUCAUUUGCUAGGGAAUAUAAUUUCAUUCUCUUCAAAGUCUUAGUCACCAAAAUCUUCGUAAAGAGUUGACCCAUACCCUAUAAAGGUGUAAAUUCAAUUCAUGUUGUCAACGUGAAGAUCUCUUUCAUGGACGUUCUAUAAUUAUCUUUGUUAGCGUUCAUUGAAGUUUUCUCUGAUGAACCUCCGAAACCCAACUCAUCUAAACUUUUUCUUAUAAAAAACAUAGCUAAAAAACAAAAAGUAAUCAUAUAUUUAAGUUUAAGACAAAAUAUUGUAUUGAUGAAAUUAUUUAAAUUAAAACAUAUAUGGCUAAUUAGAUUAAUUUUUAAAUUAAGGUCGGGGGAUGGUUGCGUUAUGUGAACGUUUGGAAUAAGGAAAUUAGGAGGAGAGAAAGAACAGGGAGUUUCCAGAGACUUCUUUUGGCACCUUCCUUCAUAUUACUAUAUAUCCCUUUGGUGCAUUGCCUUUUUGUAGCUUGAUUAUUAGAACACAAUAUAGAGAAAAAGGAUGUCCUACUUGCUUCCACACUUGCACUCCGGAUGGGCUGUUGAUCAAGCCAUUCUCUGCGAAGAAGAACGACUCGUCGUUAUUCGCUUCGGCCAUGAUUGGGAUGACACUUGCAUGCAGAUGGAUGAAGUGCUGGCAUCAGUUGCUGAGACCAUCAAAAAUUUUGCGGUUAUAUACUUGGUGGACAUUACAGAGGUGCCUGAUUUUAACACCAUGUAUGAGUUGUAUGAUCCCUGCACGGUUAUGUUUUUCUUUAGGAACAAACACAUUAUGAUUGACCUUGGAACAGGUAACAACAAUAAGAUUAAUUGGGCUCUCAGAGACAAACAAGAGUUCAUUGAUAUCGUUGAAACUGUCUUCCAUGGUGCAAGGAAAGGACGUGGUCUUGUCAUCUCUCCCAAAGAUUACUCUACCAAAUACCGCUACUAACUUUGUGCUUACCUAUGAGCCACAGACACAGAAAACCAGAUACGAAACUAAUACUGACAUGUCGAACACUGGACACGCCUUUAACUUGAAGUGUUGGUGUUACAUAUCUAAAUUGUGGAUUCUACUAUUGUAUCAUCUUUCUUGUGAUAGUAAGAAUGUACCAAAUUCCUUUUCAUUAUAUCAUGUCACAACUUUUGUACUUCAAAAAUUGAAUUAUUAUACUGUAGGGCAAAGGGACGUAUGUUUACUGCUUCCUUAAAUCCAGUCAUACAAUGCAAUACUAAAAUUAUUAACGUUA